AAUGCUUUGUCAUCUGUAGAAAGUGUUUUUUUUAUCUGCAGAACAAGGUUACAAUAACCAAGUCUUUAUUUUUUUUCAUUGAGAAAGAUACUCUUGAUGUUGACUGAAACAGGCAUAUUGAAUAAUUUACUUUUCUCAAGUCAGGCAUUUCCAAGUAAAAACGUAGUUUAAAUUGUUUUCCAAAACUAGUGUGAACACCGAAAGAACCAUGUUUACCUUUAUGCAAAAGGCUGUUGGCUAUAUUUCUGGCAGUGUUGGUGAUUCCGAACUGUGCCCUAGUAAAUAUGAAAGGCCAAAGCUUGAGGAUUUUAUUUCGGUUUCGUGUUUUGAGAGUAAAGAGUUUGUUGGCAAGAUUACAACAAUCAGUGAAAGAGAUAUAGUAGUAGAUAAUGACAUAUAUUUCAGCAUUCCUAUGAGUGAGUCUAAGUGCAAGUUUAAAGUCGGGGACGUUGUUCAAGGGACUGCAGAAAGGCAGUCCCAAUAUGAGGCAUGGAGGGCUGUUAACAUGCUUCCGUGUCCCAAGGUGGAAAGGUGGGAGGGUGAAAAUUCGAAACUGACAGGGGAGACUAUACCUUCCAGAGACCUUGAUGCAGGAAUCCCUGGAAUAUUGAAGAAUGACUUAUUUCCCACAAGUGGGUAUAAGCAAACUCAACCAGACAAACUCCUACUGCAGCCUGCAGAGCCAUGCAGGGCUAAGAUUGAAACCCAGAAGACUUUAGUGGGUAGAGUGAAAUAUGUUCAUGGUGACACUGUCACUUUGAAUGAAGAUGCAUACUUUAGUCUUUCUAGUGUCAAGUCUGCAUUUAAUGUACUGGAAGGUGACUGGAUUGUGUGUAAAUUAAGUGAUGACCAUCCAAGCGACCUUCAGCAAGAGGACGACCUUCGGGGAUUUCUCAAAGUCACUCAAGUUGAACCAUUAAGGAAGAAGAAAAUAAAAGGGGAGGUGACUCGUGUUUACACAAAACACAUAAUUAUCAACAAUGAGGUAUUCUGCUCAAAAGAUUUGGAUAAAGAUAUACCAGGAUUACGUCUUGGUGAUGCUGUGAUUACUGAGGUUAUAGAGAGUGACCAAAACCACUUUGGAUGGAGGUCAAUCUCUCUCUCACCAGAUGUCUUUCCUGAGAUGAAAGUAUUAAAGUUGGGAAUUGCAAGCAGACUGAAUGGAUUUCAUGGGCACGCAACUGCCGAGUUAUUCAAAGACAAGCACAACAUUGUUAUUUCGAACUCUGUAAGGUUUCCAAAGGUCUAUCUUGGUUGCAAGUCAUAUAUCACUCUAUUUAUUAAAAAUGUAGGGGUACAAGCAAGAUCUUUGUUGCGCAUCCUCUUUAUAAACUCCUUACAAGACUCUCAGUUCAGUGUGGUCUCUGAAUCUCUGGAUGAAACUCAUACCUUUACUCCGAUUACAAUUUUACCGCACAAAAGCUCUUCUGUAAAGAUUGCUUGCACAGGAAAGUUCCUUGGGCAGUGUAAACAGGUGUGCAUUUUUGAUUUUGGCUCAUUUAAGAUUGGAAGACAUUUGACUGCAACAGUUGAAGAUAAACAGAUGGACUGCAUUGGCCCAACAUCUCCUUAUUAUCCUUUAGAAAAGAAGAAGUUAAAUUGCCCUAAUCCGAGUGACUCUAGAGUUGUGAGAGGAGAAAAGCCAUUUAAUGCUCCUGCUUUCAUACCAAUGUCGUUACCCCAGUAUCACAUUCCGACAGAACUUUGGACAGCUAUUGCAAAUGAGGAGAAAGCAUGUGAUGUAGCUCCUGUUUUGAAAGAGGCAACUAACCCAGAAAAUUACCAGGAUAGAUUUUCAGUGCUGCUAUAUUUAGAAGAAAUUGAGAUGAUUCUUCAAUUGAGGAGGUUUGAUAUUGCAAGGACAACCUUUUCUCCUCAUGGUGAGUUUUUGAGCCUCACUGUUCCAGGCCUUGCUGAGAAACGUCCUUCGUUAAUGAUUGGUGAUUCUGUUAUUGCAUCUAAUCCAGCAGGUAUUGGAGGACCUGAAUAUGAAGGCUUUAUCCAUGAUGUACUUCACACAAAAGUGUUACUGAAAUUUCAUCCUAUAUUCCAUGAGCAGUGUCAGGAUAAAGAUUACUCUGUACGUUUCAACUUCAAUCGCACUCCUCUCCGUCGCUCUCACUAUGCCCUCAAAUUUUGUUUAGAUCAACAUGGCAGUGAAGUUCUUUUUCCCAAGAAAUUAAAGUUUAGACUCCCUCAGGUGGUUUAUGUAGACAGCGAAUUACUUCCACAUAAUAUUACAAAAAAGAUGGGACCUACUGCGACUGCUGGACAGGUAUCUUAUCAGAAAAGUAUGUGUAGUUACAAUGACAUGAAAUCUGGGUCUGAAGAUUCUUUAGUACACUUAAAUGCCUAUGAAGGUUCAUCUGCUGGGGUAAAGGAAGAACUUGUAGAAGAAGUAGAAAAUAGAAAGAUUAUAUGUAAUGUGACUGAUGUCACUUCUCGAUGUGCGUUAGAGGUUGCAGGUGCUGAGAAAACAGAAAAAUUUGUUGAAAAUGGUAACCCUUUAUUAUGUAAUGUGAUUGAUGUCACUGAUUCUUGGCAUACAUCAGUCAGAACUGCAAGUAAUUGCAAUACUGAUGCUAAAGGGAGUACAGUUAUGAAUGGUAAAAUAGUUGAAGUGGCUAAGCACGAUGUGGGUACAAAAAAUGGCACCACUGAUUAUCUUCAGGCAGAGAAAUCAUUCCAUGGUGUGGUGAAUGAUAAAAGUAAAAUUGAAAGUUCUCCUUGCAGUGUGAAAGGGAGUGGGAAAAGAGGCACUUCUGCAACACCACCCAGAAUCCCUGUUGUGACAAGGCUUUUUGGUGUCCCAUCAUCAGGCUCAAGUGCUAAUUCAUCAAUUUGCUGUAGUGAUGACGAGUCAAAAACUAAUACGGAUUUGGAAAGUGAUCCCAAAUUUAGAAAGAAAUUACAGAAUAGAUCAGAAAUAGACAACAUUGAAAAUGAAAUAUACAAAUCAAAACCCAAGAACAUUUUGAGCGAAAAUUCAUCUUCAUCAGUUUUGAAAAUGAGUGGAACACCUUUUUCAAGUGUCGAGAAAAAUGGAAGGAUUGACCAAGGUUCUAGAGCGAAUUAUCUUGAAGACGAGAAAACAGAAUUUCAGUUAGCUGACUGUGUUCAAGCCUUACAAAACAAAACUUCUGGUGCUAAUGAGUGCUGUGCAAAUAGUGUUAGCAAGACUUUGCAGCAUAAAGCACAAGAUAACUCUGAAAAUGGAAAGGUUACCAAAAAUGGUUGCAGUAGACAAAGUAUUACAGGAAGUAAUGAACACUUUGGACUGAAUUGUGAUUCAAAAGGAGGAAAGAAGUCCAGCACAGUUAUAAGUUUUGAAGAGCUUUUGAAGGAAAGCAGUGCAAAGAAGUACAACUACUGUGUUCCAGUUUUACCCGAGAAGCCUUCAGUCAGUGACAAAAUACAAAAUGGAAAAGUACCUGUUUUGGAAUGGUUCAACAAAAAAUUAAACGGCGAACAGAAGAUGGCUGUGCGAAGGAUACUAGAGGGCAGUACUCGUCCACUGCCAUACAUUAUAUAUGGGCCUCCUGGCACUGGAAAGACAAUAACUGUAGUUGAAAGUGUACUGCAGAUUUUUACUUUGGUGAAUCAUAGCAGGUUACUCAUUGUUGCUCCAUCCAAUAGUGCAGCUGAUCUUGUCACUGAAAGACUCUUGGAAUUUGGUGUAAUGGAGAAAGCUGACUUAGUAAGGUUGAAUGCUUUUCAGAGGAAGGAAGAGGCUAUACCUGAGCACAUACAUCCCUAUUGCUACAAUGGUGAUCAGCUGAUGACACGAGUGAGGCAGCGAGUGAUAAUUACAACAGCUACUACGGCAGGUGUGAUGUAUAGACUUGGGCUUCAUAAUGGCCACUUUACUCAUGUAUUUGUAGAUGAGGCAGGACAGCUAACAGAACCUGAGUGCCUUGUUGCUUUAGGGUUAGUAAACAGUGUAUCAGGACAGAUAGUUCUGGCUGGUGAUCCCCAGCAGCUUGGUCCUGUGAUAUUAAGCAGACUGGCCAAGACUUAUGGUUUACAAGAGUCUCUCCUUCAUCGCCUUUGUAAUUCUGUACUUUAUCAGCCAGAAAAAAAAACCAGCAGCUCGUCUUGGACAUUUGAACCACGUUUGGUCACACAGCUUUUGAGGAAUUACAGAUCCCAUCCUGACAUCACACAUGUUUCAUCAAAGUUGUUUUAUCACGACAGUCUGGUGGCAUGUGCAGAUGCUGAGAUCAGAGAUAAAUUAUUGAAUUGGAGUGAGUUGCCCAAUCCAUCUUGCCCUGUGUUGUUCCAUGCAGUGGUUAGUGAGAAUCACCAAGAAGGCGAUUCUCCAUCAUGGUUUAAUCCCACAGAAACGUUCCAGGUUGUGCGUUAUGCAAAGAGCCUUACAAAUUUUGGUUUGAUGCCAUCAAACAUUGGCAUAAUUACACCCUAUAGAAAGCAGGUGGAGAAAAUUAGACAGCUCCUUACAAUUUUUGGAGUACAGCCAGGUAUCAAGGUUGGCACAGUGGAAGAAUUUCAAGGCCAGGAAAGGACUGCAAUAAUUAUUUCCACUGUUAGAUCAUCAGAGGAAUUAUUAGCGGUUGACAGGGAGCACAGCCUUGGUUUUGUGAAGUGUCGGAGACGCUUCAAUGUUGCCAUUACACGGGCUCAAUCCCUUCUCAUUGUGGUUGGAAAUCCUGUGCUUUUGUCAUUGGACAAUUGCUGGUUGAGUUUUAUUAGCUUUUGUAUCAGCAAAAAAGCAUAUAUAGGAGCAGAAAUUGAUCUUGAUAACUUCAACUUAAACGAGUUUGACUUGGUUAUGAUGGAGUAACUUAUUUUGAUUAUGUAAGCUACAUUUUUCCUCUGGUUUAUCAAAGCACUGUACUUAGUUUUUUGUUCUUUGUUGUGCUUGACAAAGAAUUUCAGGAUUUAAACAACUCACACAUGAAAGUAUUUUGUACAGAAGACAGAGUACUUUUGACUAUAUAACAGGAAUUGAAAGUUGUGGUGUAAACACAUGUAAAAUAUAUCGCAAAGAGUACACGUACUUAAUUUGAAGAAUUUCUCUUCUUCAUGCAAACCAUCCAGUAUUUCAGAAUGCUAAUGUUAUUCACAAAUACCAAGUUGCUCUCUAACUUUUAUUUUAUUUUGUGGUUAAUAUGGAGAUCUUGAAGAUCCACAGGUUAGCCAUGAAUAAAUUUAUGCUAUUUUGUGCUAAAGAAUAAUUCCAGUUGAAUGUGAUAGAAAAAAUAAAAUAUGCAUUGUA